AUUGAGUUUUAUCUGGAAGCACACUCUUCCAACAAUCCAAGUCACCCAGCACUUUGAGGAAGCACACUUUUCGUAAAACAUUUCUUGUGACUUCCAUUGAAAGACAGACGGCAAUGUGGAUGAACUAUGGAACUCUGGAUUGUUGAGCAGGAGCAGACCUCGUGCUUCUCCCAACUAAGCCCUGCAAACACAGUUUCCUCACAAGCACUGGAAGUGUGACAGGUGACAGACAACGAUCUUUCGUUUGGAUUUGGCUCCAAAAGCUCUCCAAAACAACGCUUCUCUCGACUGUCUUCUCGACUCCCGCAGACUGCCAUAAAAUCUUCCUCUCUGUUAUCCAAGCCAUCAUCCUUGGGAACACAUUCAGCAAUCCACAACGUUGCUGUUUUUCCUGGAAAGACAGAAAGGGAGAGUCAAGAUGACGACGCCUGCAUCCAAACCACAGAAGCAGCAUCAACAACAACAACAACAGCCCAUUCUGUUGGUUACCAAUCGAUUUGCCAGCCAGCAGGAGACACAGCAAUGGGAGACAUUUUUGCGGCGGUUUGGAAUUCCAUAUGAACGCCAAUUGGAUAACCACGAUCAAAGCAAUGGUGGUGUCCAUGUUCGCUUUGGUGAUGAAUGCCACUUUGACAUGUACUCUGCGGUGGAUUGUUGGAACAAGAUUGCGCCUUUCAACGCGGCAGCAGAAGAAGAUACGACAUCCGUGACUUCGUCUUGUUUUUCCUUGACUCGGACCGUUGAUGGUUCCGAUCGCUCUCGCUCUAUUCGACUAAGCGCUGCCUCGUCUGUGGCACUCUUGCCAGUAGAAGAAGACACUGUCGAUGAUAUCAGCAUUGAUCACAACGGAGAAGAUUACCAGGAAGACGACGACAGCAUCCUCAUUAACAAGACAGUCCACAUUGAUGGCGCCAGUGAACUCAACAAGACAAGCCAUCGUCGCUUCAUUCGCACGAUUCACGAUGAUGACUACAGCUUGGACUCCUUCCAUGGCUCUAGUCUCAGUGACGACUCCUCUUAUACUAGCUCUUGCUACUCGGACGCUAGUAGCGCUAUCGACGGAGAGCUGGCUCGCUUGGCAAACAACAGCAACAACAGUCACAUCGACAGUGACAGUGAAGACUGUGAGGAACUGGAACUGGCCAUGCCCGAUGGUUCCGAUCGUUGGAGCGACGCCGAUGCCAAGGAUCCACCCAAGCUUCCCCUUUUGAUGCCGCCGUUGGUUCCCUGCGACCGAUCAAACACACCUUGCCACUUUUUGGGAGAGCGCGCUUGUAAAGCAGGUCUCUUGGACGACCUUGGAGGAAGCCUACAUUCGCAGUCCGGAGAUGAGUCCUUGAGUAACGAUGACAUUUUGGCCUUGGCGAUUCCCCACAAGACAUGCCGCAGCAGCAACACCGGCAGUUCCGAAAGUGGAAGCGGAGGAACUCGCAAACUCAGGGGCAUUCUGAAGAACGGUCAUGACAGCUACAGUACUUGGGCGACCAACUCUCUCCAUUCCUUGAGCUCGCACCUUCCUCCUUCGCUCCAGACAUCUAGUCAUCACCACCACCACCACCACCAGGGGAAUCUACAGCACGACAGCGGCAGUUCCUUGAAGUAUCCUCUUCCCAUGACUGUCUUUGGUGGAAUCUCGCAGGGUGCCAAGAACAAGAAAGGACCGAAGGAAAAGCGAUUCGGCAGCCUUCGCGGCGACAAGAAUCAAGGCAAGGACGCUGUUCCCGAGGUUCCGAGACGCUCCUAUCCAGACGACGACCUGUUGGAAGACGAAGACGAGGAGUUUGCUCUGGAUCUGGAUACGGGGAGCCACCACAGCAAGGGUUCUUUCGACGAGUCGUCUGGUGCUUCCCAGCCGCAGAAGUACCGGUACCAAGUACGAUUCGAAACUACACAACUUGGGAUGCUCCAGCACCUGCAACUAAACAACACCACCGAAAGUGAUCCUCCUGCCGGAAUGGACACCUCCAACACUUCCAACAUCUCCUACGACCGGCCACCGUCGCCUCCUUCGCGCGUGAGAUCCGGCGAGGUCACUGUCGAUGCCGUGAAUCUCAUUGCGCCGUCCUCUUCCGACAAUUCGUCGUCGAGUAGUAGCGAGGCGCCGUCCUCUUCCGACGAUUCGUCAAGUACCAGUAGUGGGUCCAACUUUUCUGACCCUCUCCGGACCCUCCGGACCAAGUCGCUGACACGGUGCAGCAAAGUUGUGGAUGAUUUGCCCGCUCUGAUUGCUCAUGUUGUCGACCCAGAAGAACCAUCCGCAGAGUUGGUGAAGGCAUCCCCAUUGGAAGAUAGCGAUGAUGACAGCCGAGAAGCGGUUCGCGCAGAUGGAGAUGCGAUACCCUCUCCGCCACCUCGUUCGUGGCUGCCAAACAAACAAGCUCUAUCGUCUUUCCGAAAGCGAACGCGUGCUUUGCUCGCCGAUGACAACGGGAGCACACGAAAUUUGCCCGAUGCCGCAGUCAGCUCUCCUAGUCUCGUCAAAGGAGCCAAGUCAAUGUCCAAUGGCGACGACGACGCCCUUGACAAAACUCCAACUCACGACGUCUGCAUCACUACUCCCAAGGCUCCGCACAAGCUUCAACUACAUUGGGAAGAUGACGAGAUCCGCCCCCAGCUCGCGCGGGCAUUCUCUUGGAAAUCUCCUUCCAAGGAUGGAUAUGGGUAUUCUUCGAGUACGAGUACAAUGAAGACGACGAACCACAUUGCAGAACCUGAGCUGCAAAUGUUGACGCUUCCCAACGGAGGCCAAGCUUCCAUUUACGACAUCACGCGACAGCUCAUGGAAAAGCUACCGCGGCGAUGGUCUACAACAGCGGAAGGAGCGAAGUUUGCCUAUUUUAAAAAGACGGAAGCCAAGGACGUCUUCCGGGAGCUUUUCUUUCCUGGUGAAGCCAUAUGUGAUGACGAAGCUAUCAAUGGAUUUGCCGCAUCUCUGGAAGACUGUGGGAUCCUUCAGAAGACGUCGAAGGACAGCUUUGUUCUGCAGCCAUUUUCCUCGCCUGUCUUGAACAAUGUUCUGAAGUGGAAAGGAAAGUGCACAUUGCCUCUGAGCGACCUUGUCCAUUCCCUCAGUGAGAAUAUGGAUUUCCUCUACUGUCUUGCCAACACAGACAUGUUACAAUACGAUCGUGCUCAGUCGCUGUUUGAAAUCCGAUGCUGCGAGCUGCAAGUUGCCGUAAUGAACCAGGACAACUUAUCAGAGCAAGCUCUGUGCGCAUUCCACAUCAAUCUCUUCAACCUCAUGAUGCGACAUGCAUUCCUUUUGAAACACUGCGGCAAGGGAGAAAGUUUUUCUUGGCCAGAGUCAGGAAGCUCGUCUCUUCGAUGGAUGGAGACCAUCACGUACAAUAUCGGGGGAAAGGUCAUUAGCGCGUAUGAUAUGUACCUGUCGCUGGCAGGCAUGGAGAGCCUUCAAGAAGGGGAUACGAAUGGCUGGUUCUGGAAAUGGGCUUCCACUUCUUGCUGUCGUGGGUCCAACACGAGUGCAGCGAUUCAUCCCAAGGUUAUUGUCGACCCUGGAGUCCUGAUGAGUCUAAUGAGUCUGGUGAUUCACACGCACGUCGUGACCGUCGACGAUGAGGGUCUUUUGAAUCAUCUCGAAGUGAUGGCAGAGAAUUUCUGCAAGGAUAUUGUAAAAAACGAGCGGGAUGGCAGUUGCACAAUCGAAUUGCCAAUAUCAUUUGCAAUGCUCGGCGAGCAAGCUUUGAAGGGUAUCACCCCGUUCCUCACCCCUGACCAAGCACAUGUUCUCGAGAACUGCAAGAACUUGAGAAUUCGCUACAACUCGUUGGAACUACGAGAACUGAAGGAUUUCCCACCUCCACUGGGUGGUGACAAACUCCGUAGCGCAUCGCCCAUCAAGGAAAAGACUCGCUCACCAUCGCCAUCUUCGACUGGAGGGGAGGAAACAGGUGGACCUCCUGAUGAUUUGAACGGCAGCUCGUCUCCCGUCAAGGAAAUGACUCGCUCGCCAUCACCAUCUUCGACCGAGCGGAAGGAAACAGGUGGACCUUCUGAUGGUUUGCACAGCAGCCCAUCGCCCAUCAAGGAAAAGACUCGCUCGCCAUCGUUGACUGCCAAAUCUCCCAAGGACAAGGCCCCCCAAAAGGACCGGAAGCAUGGCCGCGCCUUACGAUCCGAAUCAACUUCCCCGACUGAAAAACCGAAACAGAGAAGCAAAAGCCCCUCCCAGCUUCUCCUCAAUGUCGACGAAUUUCAGUCCUGUAGCGCCGGUGAUCUCUCUGAAAUCACCAACACAGACUUUUGGGAGCGGACUGAAGUGUCAGAUGAAUUUGGAGCCGAGCAACCUUGAAAGAAUGCUUCGAACCAGAAUUGAUUCCCAACUAACUGACCGGGUAGAUACAUAAAACUUUGGAAAACAUCGUUUGGGGAUGAAAACAAAACAGGUAGAUUGUUAUGCAGUAUGUAGUACUGACAACAAAGUUUCAAAGUAGCGAUCGUUUCAUUAGCCGCAGUUUUAGUGUCGACAGUGCCAGCCUCUGAAGCGCUUGUUGCCGACCAGAAGAUGAUGCAUUCCUGAACUCUAUUAUAAACGUAGUCAGGAAUCUUGGAACCGCCCUCGUGGCAACGUCCUCACAAAGUCAUUGUACUCCCCCUCUUGAACCAAAUUUUUCGUGGCCAGGUUCAAAGAGUCAGUAUCGACUCUCAUUUGCAGCAGAAUAGUAUCUUCAUCCAGCUCUUCACGGUCUGGAUCGAGAGUGUUCACUUUCAGAACCAUCCCAGAGAGAGGAGAUUGAAUCAGCGUCGACUCUUCGUACGUCUCGUAAACUGUAUGAUAGAGCUCGUCUGCUCCAGAAAUGGUCAGGCCGUCCCAUUGAAUUUCCAUGAUAUUCUGACCAGCUUGCACAAAACAAUCACGGU